CUCAUUCAAAGUUGAAUUAUGGGGCCAGAUGGGUGCUGAUGGACAUUUUCGAGUGACCUUAUCCCUGAGAAGGGAACCGACCGCAGGUCCAGUUUAUUGUAAAAUGGAGACCUCGGCGAGAUUUCGUCAAUUGAAGACCGUUAAACUGAGCUGCGAGGCCACGUAUCGUUUGGACAUCAGCUUCAAGCCGCCGCAACUGUUGGAAUCCCUCAGUAUAGGAGGCAAGCAAGUGGAGACGAUCGAGCGUACAAGGGACGGCACAGCCUGUGCCUACAGUGCUUAUCACAGUACGAAGGGUAUACCGGCAAGUGCUCGUGGCCAUCGUGAAGAAUUACCCAUAGCGAUGCGUGUCCUAGGUUCCGGUUACCUCACUACUUGUCUGCAGAUCAAAUAUUACCGCCAAGAUGAUCAGAGUCAUUGCGAAUGGGGCGCCAGAUUGCACUGUAUCGAAUUGGACUGUUCAAGCGUGGAAGGUAGAUUGGUUACGGUAGACCGGGAAACUUAUAGGAAACUCGGUAUAGAAUCUUAG